CAGCAAGCCAUUCACAUGCAAGCAAAACCAACCGGUCCGUAUCUUUCUUAGCGGCAGCAUCUCUGCCGAAUCCGACGGUCUUCUCUCGCCGAGGAGAACCAGGCCAAAAGAAGAAAGAUAAACCCUAAUAACUCUCUCCCCUCCCUCCGUUCCGACUCCAAAACCCGAGCUUUUUUUUCCCCCUCUACAAGCUCCCUUCCCUUCGAAUUCUCUCGUUGCCCUCCACAAGGCCUAGAUUCCUACUCCCCCUCUUCCAUGGCGAUCCGCUCAUCCCUUUGCUUCUGUAGACCCUAAUUCCUGCCCCAUGGAGUCGCUCCGAUCCAAGGAUCGGGCGGUCAUCGAAGCCUUCGCCGAGUUCGAUCCCGCGAAGUCCGCCGGCUUCCCUCCGUCCGUACCUCUCACGAUCCGGUGCGUCUCUGUCUUCGCCGCAUCGGAUUCCCAAACCCUAGUCUAUUUUGGCACCGGUGGCGGGAAGAUCAUCUUGGUGUCGUUGAAUCCAUCUUUAGCUUCCAGUUCAGGUCCCAAUCCCGCGACAGUAAAUGGAAACGGGAAGGAUUCGCCGGGUUGUGGUGUUGAUUCGACGAAAGCUGUGGAAUUUCUGAAAGCCGUGUCGGUCAGCAAUCGUUUGAUCGAAUCUAUUCACGUUCUGUCGGAGAUUGGUAGGGUUCUUGUGCUCUCUGAUGGGUUUUUGUUCGUGUUGGAUCUUUUUCUCGCGCAACCCGUGCGGAAGCUGGGUUUUAUCAAGGACGUGACGGCUGUCUCCAAGAGAAUUCCGUGCGCUGAGUCAUCGAGUUCGGAUCCUUUGGGUGAUGGAGUUCCGAAAGGUGAGAUCUUGAGGCCAGGGCAGAAGUUUUUUCAGAAGUUAGGUGGAAGCAUUAGGGCAAAUGGUAUAGGGUCUAGGAUUUCUGGACCCUAUAGAGAAGGUGCAAACAGUUGCAUUACAGCGGUGGCAGCAGGGAAAAGAUUGGUUUUGAUCGAGUUCCUCUUACCUGGAAGCGGUGAUACGGAUUCUGAUAGUGGUGGUGUUUCGGUACUUCAGAAGGAAAUUCUGGGCAUUGAUGGAGUCAGGACCAUGGCAUGGCUUGGUGAUUCGAUAAUUGUUGGCACUUCAGAUGGUUACACACUAUUCUCCGCCAGCACUGGGAAAAGCACUCCAAUCUUUAUGCUUCCUGAUUCUUCGGCCCCCCCUCGUUUAAAAUCUCUAUGGAGAAGCAAGGAGGUGCUGUUGUUGGUGGACAAUGUUGGUGUGGUUGUCAAUAGUCUCGGUCAGCCAGUUGGUGGGAGCUUGAUCUUUCAAUACAUCCCAGAGUCCAUUGCAGAGAUGUCUUCUUAUGUGAUUGUGGCAAGGGGUGGUAGGGUGGAUUUGUAUAGAAAGAAAACGAGUGCUUGUGUGCAGUCACUGUCAUUUGCAAAGGGUGGUGUCGGUCCGUGCAUUGUCGCCAUUGAUGAUCGAGGAAAUGGAGAGGUUGUUGUGGUUGCAACGCCUUAUAAGGCUCUUUGCUUCUGUAAAGUUUCUGCAGAAGAACAGAUCAAAAAUUUAUUGAGGAAGAAGAAUUAUAAAGAGGCCAUCUGUUUGAUGGAAGAGUUUGAGUCUGAAGGUGAAAUGACAAAGGAAAUGCUUUCCUUUGUGCAUGCACAAGUGGGCUUCCUGUUGCUUUUCGAUUUGCAUUUUGAAGAUGCAGUAAAUCAUUUCUUGCUUUCAGAAACUAUGCAGCCAUCCGAAAUCUUUCCUUUCAUUAUGCAGGAUCCAAAUCGCUGGUCACAACUGGUGCCAAGAAAUCGGUAUUGGGGAUUGCAUCCCCCUCCAGUACCUCUUGAACAAGUCAUUGAUGAUGGGCUGAUGGCCAUCCAACGUUCUAUGUUUCUGAGAAAAGCAGGGGUGGAUACUGUUGCAGAUGAGGAUUUUCUUUUAAAUCCACCGAGUAGAGCUGAGUUAGUGGAAUCAGCGAUCAAAAAUAUAAUCAGGUAUUUGUGUAUCUCUCGGGAUAAAGAUUUGAUUCCUCCUGUGAAGGAAGGAGUUGAUACUCUUCUGAUGUACCUCUAUAGAGCACUAAAUCUUGUUGGUGAUAUGGAGAAGCUUGCGUCAUCCCAAAACAGCUGUGUUGUGGAGGAGUUAGAAUCGUUGUUAGAUGACUCUGGGCAUUUACGGACGCUUGCAUUUUUAUAUGCUAGUCAAGGGAUGUGCUCAAAGGCACUUACUAUCUGGCGUAUAUUGGCAAGAAAUUAUUCAACUGGACUAUGGAAAGACUCGGCAACUUUGGCAGAAUGUUACUCUCUGAAUAUUUCUACAGAUUCAAUCUCCGGUCAGAAAGCUGCUGCUAGUGAAGCAUCAAAGCUGCUUCAGGAGUCAUCUGAUCAAGACCUGGUUCUGGGGCAUCUUGAAUGGAUUGCAGAUAUUGAUCAGGAGUUUGCGGUAAUGGUUUUAACAUCUGAGAAAAGGGUUAAUCAGCUUUCACCUGAAAAGGUACUUGCUGCUGUUGAUCCAAAAAAGGUUGAGAUUCAGCAGAGAUAUUUGCAGUGGUUGAUUGAGGAUCAAGACUCGGAUGACACUCAAUUUCAUACUUUAUAUGCUGUUUCUCUUGCUAGAUCAGCACUAGAAAUAGUCGAACUGGCCUACAGCAAUGGGAAUAAUGAUGCUAGAAAUCAUGAGGAGAUGGUUUUGGUUUCGGAUGUUGAAAAUGCAAACAAUUACAGGUAUUCUGUCAGGGAGAGGUUACAGUUUUUUUUACAGGCUUCAGACUUGUAUGAUCCAGAAGAAGUACUUGAUGUGAUAGAAGGAUCGGAGUUAUGGCUGGAAAAGGCAAUCCUGUACAGGAAGAUGGGGCAAGAGACAAUGGUACUGCAGAUUCUGGCCUUGAAAUUGGAGGAUUGUGAAGCUGCCGAACAAUAUUGUGCAGAGAUUGGUAGAAAUGAUGCCUAUAUGCAGUUGCUGGAUAUGUAUUUGGAUCCGCUGGAUGGCAAAGAACCCAUGUUCAAGGCUGCAGUUCGUCUUCUCCAUAAUCAUGGGGAAUCUCUAGAUCCGCUUCAAGUGCUGGAGAAAUUAUCUCCUGAAAUGCCUCUCCAGCUUGCAGCAGAUAUAAUAUUGAGAAUGUUGAGAGCUCGAGUUCAUCACCAUCGCCAAGGACAGAUUGUUCGUAAUCUAUCACAUGCAAUAAGACUAGAUGCUCAGCUGGCAAGAUUAGAGGAGAGAUCGAGGCAUGUUCAAAUAAAUGAUGAGAGUAUUUGUGAUUCUUGUCACGCUCGCCUUGGUACCAAGCUCUUUGCCAUGUAUCCAGAUGAUUCAGUUGUUUGUUACAAGUGUUAUCGUCGCCUAGGGGAGUCAACAUCAGCUCGUGGUCGUAACUUCAAGCAAGAUUUCGUUUUUAAACUAGGGUGGCUUGUAAGUAGAUAAUCAGGGAACAUCUUUUGCUCUGUCAAGGCUUCUGUUUGGGCGCACAGUUAUCUUGGGGCCUAAAUCAGAGUCAAAGGUGGCCUAUUCCACAUCAACAGAACAUCUUUGGUCGGACUUUACACCAGUUACUUUCUAGCAUAUGCUAUCAUCAACGAAGCUUCAUUCUGCUAAUUUGAAGAAGGCAUGAUUGCUGAUGCUGCGAUAUUUAUUGGAAGAUCUGCUUUUUGAUACGGUGAUGGGAAUGAUGAUGGAUUUGUUAGGCCAUGCAGCUUCCUGUGAUGGAGUUUCAGCUGUCUUCAUGUGUUUGCACAGCAACGGUCAAAAACUUGCUCAAGAUUUACAUGGCAAAUAUGAGACGCCUGUUUAUAUCGUGGUGCCAUUCCAGUUAUGAAUUUUGGAUGGAGAACUGUACACAGAGAACAGUCAACUAACAAUAUCAUUCAUAGUUUUCUCAAAAAACAAUAUCGUGCACAGGAUAUUAUCAAUGUCAAUUUACAUGCAUAAUGCUUCUACAGCAUUUUUCAUAUCUUUUGUAUCCAACUCUUCUACUCCCAUAUAAUCUAUUAAUGGACACUCCUGAAAUUAUAUGGAACAACAUUUUUUUUUUGGUA